AUGACGUCGGACUCGGCACUGAAACCCAGCAAAGGCCAAAAUAACGUCGAGGCGUUGGGAGCUCCCAAUAACAAGCAAAACAUACCGCGGGGCCAUAUGCUAGCGUCCCCCUUUUUCGGCCCUGGAUCGACAGGAGAACGAGGGGUCGCGGGCCAACAGCUGUGCGAAUUCAACACGGGCAAGAGCACGCCCCCACACGGCCUCGACGCGAUGCUCGCAACGGGCAAGGAGCGAACUCUCUUUUCAGUACAGGCGCUCCAUAGCGCGCAUCGCUAUUAA